AUGCCUAAUGGAGGCAGCUCCAGCUCAACAGACACCAAUGCUUCAGCCCGGUCGAAAAGCACGGCGCCGACGGUGGUGAGCAAUCGUACCACUCCGGCCAAACAUCGCGAUCAUUGGACUGAGUAUGACGAUUAUGAAGAUGACUACCAUCAUGACUACAACGACUACGAUGAUAUCGACAUAGAGUAUGACGAUGACUACGAUUAUGGCGAUGAGAAUGACCGCCAAGACGAAUGCGAAUCCCGCACCUCCGUCUCAACUUAUGCUUCCACCACCCGCUCGAUGGCUGCGGCUGCGGCGGAGGCCGAAUUGGCCGAAGAGCCUCUGUACGAGGUAGUCGACCGGCAAGAAUUCUUCCCAACAGACGCUCUUGCUUCCACCCCGUCUUCCUUCGCCACGCUCUUCCCUUCUUCAAGAAGGCUUCUUAUCCGCCACGAUGACACCACUCUCGACGGCAACAUGAAUCUGCGCGUGGACACCGUCGUCCCCCGCCGCGCAGGCUACCAGCAAGACGUCAUUCUUUUCCAUCUGCGCAUGCAUGAUCUUUUCUCCCGCAAAUUCUCGCUCCGCCGCUACUGCCGCGACUCAGGUCGCGAGAUCUGCCAUUCCUCGCGCAAAGAGGUCUCCAACUCGCGGCGGCCGAUGCUGCGUCGUAAAUCAUGGAGUACCGUCCUAGCCGGGUUCAGACAUGCCUCGAGCGCCCACACGCCAUCGCCACUCGCCGAGCUGAAGCGCCACGACUCGGGGUUUUCUGUAGGCAGAUCCCAGAACAGACCCGACUCCCCGGCCGACUUCGACGAGGAGGAUGGCGAGAAAGACAGACCACUCGAAGACACCAUCACAAUGGAGUUUUCGAACUAUGCGCAUGUCGAGUUGCGGCGCCGGGGGCCGGGCUCCUCGAAGCGCUAUGAGUAUGAGUACUGGUCAACGAAGUACCAAUGGCGCCGCGAUACUCGGAAAGAAGGCGACCUGCGCGAGGUGUCGUACUAUCUCGUUGAUACGCGGUCCUCGAAGACGAUCGCGCAUCUUAUGCCGGAGAUAUUGACACCGCUGGAGGCGGUGGAGGAAGAGAGUAAGGGCGGCUGGGUGCCGCCUUGUUCGCUGUGGAUCAGCGAUGUGUCCGUGUACGAGCGGAUGCCUGACAUCGCCGAGUAA